AAGUGUUAAAAGACAUCGCUAAGCAAACGUUCAUCACGCCCAUGGUCCAUUGAGACACUUCUUUUUACAAUAUAUUAAAUCUUCAAAUCUCUCUCUCUCUACUGUUAGAAAGAAAGAAGAGAAAAUUGCCGUUAAUCGGCGAUGGGACUUUAUUGGAAUUUGCUGGCGUUCGGUACUUUACUCUCCACGGCAGCGGUUUUCUCGUCGGAGAUGGGAGGAGAGAAAUCGGAGGAGGAAUCGCGGCGGAGAGAGGCCGACAAAGUGAUCGGCUUGCCGGAGCAGCCGCCGGUGGAGUUCCGGCACUACGCCGGGUACAUCGAACUCGGGCCGACGGAGACCCGAGACAAGGCUCUGUUCUACUGGUUCUUUGAAGCUCAAAACGACGUCGCCCAUAGCCCUCUCGUCCUUUGGCUCAAUGGAGGGCCAGGCUGCUCCUCCAUAGCCUAUGGAGCUGCACAAGAACUUGGCCCCUUCCUUGUUCAAAGCAAUGGGAAGCUAAAACUCAACAAUUUUUCUUGGAAUAAAGGUAUUCUCUCCGAGCCUGUGGGAGUGGGAUUCUCUUAUACAAACAAAUCAUCAGAUUUACUUAAGCUGGGAGAUAGAAUCACAGCUCAAGAUUCUUAUAAUUUUCUUCUUGGUUGGUUCAAAAGGUUCCCAAGUUUCAAACUCCAUGAUUUCUAUAUAGCUGGGGAGAGCUAUGCUGGACAUUAUGCUCCCCAACUUGCUGAGCUGAUUUAUGAGAGAAACAAAAAUUCUAGCAAAGACUUGAUUAUUAACCUCAAGGGCUUAUUGAUUGGAAAUGCAGCCAUCAAUGAUGAAACAGACUCCAUGGGAAUGGUUGAAUUUGCAUGGAGCCAUGCCAUAAUAUCAGAUCAACUCCAUGCCAACAUCUUCAAACUAUGCAAUUUCUCAGCUGAUGUUGAAAACCAAACGCUUUCUUGCCUUAAUCACUACGGAGAUUUUCUAAUUUCUUACUCCAAAAUUGAUGUCUAUAACAUUUAUGCUCCAACCUGCCUCUCCCCUUCUUCCUCCUCCUCGAUUUUCAAACGACUGGUCGGUGCUGUUGCUCCUCGAAUCUUUACAAAACGGAAACUGUGGGAUAAGCUACCAACGGGCUAUGAUCCAUGCACUACAAAUUAUGCUGAAAAAUAUUUCAAUAGAGAGGAUGUUCAAAGGGCUCUACAUGCUAAUGUUACGAAACUUUCCUAUCCUUACACUCCUUGCAGUUCUGUGAUUCAAGAUUGGAUUGAUGCUCCUGAAUCUGUCUUGCCCAUCAUUCACAAGUUACUCAAAACAGGCUACCGCAUUUGGAUUUAUAGCGGUGACACCGACGGGAGAAUACCGAUAACGUCAACAAAAUAUAGCAUAAAGAUGAUGGAUUUGAAAGUUGAAGAGGAAUGGAGGGCAUGGUAUGAUAGGCAUCAAGUGGCUGGUUGGGUUGAAACUUACCAAGAAGGCCUGAGCUUGGCCACCAUUAGAGGGGCAGGCCACCAAGUCCCAAUCUUUGCUCCUCAACAGUCACUCUCUCUUCUCACUCAUUUUCUCUCUGCCAAUCGUUUGCCUACCUCUCCCAAAUUUUAGGACGGGAUUCCCUCUAAUUUGUCGGUCACAGAGAGGGGAGUUAUUAUGCUUAAUCGAAUAAUAUAAGAAUAACGAUAAAAAUGGAUUGCUUUAUCUCGUUUAAA